AUGAUGAUAGCUCUACUAUUACAGCAUGCCGAGCUGCAAGCGAUCAUCCCAUUAUCAAACAGUCAGAUACCAAUCACACUGCAGGUGGAAUUAAAAAACGAUUAUUACGGAAUUCAGAAGAACCAUAAAGAGCUAACGAAAAAUUGUAUCACAUAUCUCCACAGAUGCUUCACGUACGCUAUGACGCAAAACAGAGGAGGAUUUCAUGAUCCACAACUGUUAUCAGCGCUUCAGGAAAUAUUUCAUAAACUAGCUGACAAUGCAGAAAAGUAUUCAACAGGUGCAUCUAGCAACUUUAAUGAAAGUCUCAAUGCUACAAUGGCAAGCAAAGCCCCGAAAUCUAGAUGUUACAGUACGUCUGCGUCCGCCGACUUUCGAUUUGCGUGUGCUGCUGGUCAAAAAAAUAUCGGGGAAGGUUACACGCAAGAAAUAGCAAAGAAAGUACAUUUGUCACCGGAAAAGAAAAAGGGUGUUACAUAUCAAAGUAACUGUUCUCUUCUCAGUGAACCAGCAGUGGAGUUCGAGAAACAUUAUGAAAUGGAUGUGACAGAAGAGGACAACGAUGAGAACGCUAUUAUUCUGUUGGAUUUGGAAACCUCGGGCUUCAAAAUGAAUUGCGAUAUUUUACAGAUUGGUGCAAAAUAUAACAAAAAUAGUUUUUCGAUUUAUGUUAAUCCCGUACGAGAUAUUUCCGAGAAUGCCACUCGUGUCAAUGGAUUUACGAGUAACUAUGGAGAAUUGCUGUACCAUGGAACAAAAGUUCAAUCAGUACCUCUGAGAGCAGCCUUAGGAUGUCUACAAGAUUGGUUGAAGUCCCUUAAAAAACGGUGUUAUAUUGUUACUCACAAUCUUACUUUUGAUGGUCCUAGAUUGCUAAAAGCUAUCAAUAAGUAUUGUAAGAUAUAG